AAUUCUGAAGUCAGGUGACUCCAGUCGCCAUUUUGUCAGCCAUUUCCUACACUGAUCCAUUGCCAGAGUCUUUGCAUCGCACUGGACGCCCUGUCUGGCCUCGCCUUCAUCUGUCCGGGAUUAGUAAACAGCGACGGCUCCUGCAAAGACGGUACCCGGGUGGAUGAGAGACAGUGUAGCGGGUCGGCCAGCACCCCCCCAGACCUCUUGUCAGGCGCUCAGUCCCGUAGGACAGAAGCCAUAAAGUCACAGACAUGGCUUUGAAGAUUGUCAAAGGGAGCAUCGACCGAAUGUUCGAUAAAAACCUCCAGGAUUUAGUACGUGGCAUUAGGAAUCACAAGGAGGAUGAGGCCAAGUACAUCUCCACCUGCAUCGAUGAGAUCAAGCAGGAGCUCAAGCAGGACAACAUCGCCGUCAAGGCCAACGCCGUGUGCAAGCUCACCUACCUUCAGAUGCUGGGCUAUGAUGUCAGCUGGGCUGCCUUUAACAUUGUGGAGGUCAUGAGCUCCUCCAAGUUCACGUACAAGCGGAUUGGCUACCUGGCUGCUUCACAGUGCUUCCACGAGAGCACUGAUGUCAUCAUGCUGACAACCAAUCAGAUCCGGAAGGACCUCAGCAGUCCUAACCAGUAUGACACAGGCGUUGCCCUUACUGGCCUUUCUUGUUUCGUGACCCCUGACCUGGCUCGUGACCUGGCCAACGACAUCAUGACUCUGAUGUCGCACACCAAGCCCUACAUCAGGAAGAAAGCGGUGCUGAUCAUGUACAAGGUGUUCCUCAAGUACCCAGAGUCUCUGCGCCCCGCCUUCCCCAGGCUUAAGGAGAAACUGGAGGACCCCGACCCAGGUGUCCAGUCGGCAGCGGUGAACGUGAUCUGUGAGCUGGCCAGGAGGAACCCCAAGAACUACCUGUCUUUGGCCCCACUGUUCUUCAAGCUCAUGACCUCCUCCACCAACAACUGGGUCCUCAUCAAGAUCAUCAAGCUGUUUGGAGCCCUCACACCUCUAGAGCCUCGCCUGGGGAAGAAGCUGAUUGAACCCCUGACCAAUCUCAUCCACAGCACCUCCGCGAUGUCUCUUCUGUAUGAAUGUGUCAACACUGUGAUCGCAGUGUUGAUCUCCUUAUCGUCUGGAAUGCCCAACCACAGUGCUAGUAUUCAGCUCUGUGUCCAGAAACUGCGCAUCCUGAUCGAAGACUCGGACCAGAACUUGAAGUACCUGGGCCUGCUGGCCAUGUCCAAGAUCCUGAAGACCCACCCCAAGUCUGUCCAGUCCCACAAGGACCUGAUCCUCCAGUGUCUGGACGACAAGGACGAGUCCAUCCGCCUGCGAGCCCUGGACCUGCUCUACGGCAUGGUGUCCAAGAAGAACCUGAUGGAGAUCGUGAAGAAGCUGAUGCUGCACGUGGACAAGGCGGAGGGCACGACCUACAGAGACGAGCUUCUCACCAAGAUCAUCGACAUCUGCAGCCAGAGCAACUACCAGUACAUCACCAACUUUGAGUGGUACAUCAGCAUCCUGGUGGAGCUGACCCGGCUGGAGGGAACGCGGCACGGACACCUCAUCGCCUCCCAGAUGCUGGACGUGGCCAUCCGGGUCAAGGCCAUCCGGGAAUUUGCCGUGGCGCAGAUGGCCACCCUGCUGGACAACGCCCACCUGCUCACCGGCAACACGCAGCGCAACGGCAUCUGUGAAGUGCUGUACGCCGCCGCCUGGAUCUGCGGGGAGUUCUCCGAACACCUGGAGAACCCAAUGCAGACCCUGGAGGCCAUGCUGAGGCCCAAGGUGGCCACGCUGCCGGGCCACAUCCAGGCUGUGUACGUGCAGAACGCCGCCAAGCUGUUCGCCACGGUGCUGCGGAGCCAGGAGGGCAACACGGACCGCACGGCGGCGCAGGAGACCAGCCAGCUGAUGAUCGACCGGCUGCCCCUCUUCGUGCAGAGCGCCAACCUGGAGGUGCAGGAGAGGGCCUCCUGCAUCCUGCAGCUGGUGAAGUACAUCCAGAAGCUGCAGCAGAAGGACGUGGAGGUGGCCGAGGAGGUCAACGCGCUGUUCGCUGGCGAGCUCAACCCCGUGGCCCCCAAGGCGCAGAAGAAAGUGCCGGUCCCCGAAGGCCUGGACCUGGACGCCUGGAUCAACGAGCCGCCGUCCGAGAGCGAGUCGGAGGACGAGAAGCCCAGGACCAUGUUCACCCGGGAGGAGACCAAGCACUCCCGGCCGCGGCACACCGAGGUGGACGAGAAGGAGCUGGCCAAGAGAAGAGAGGUGAGGAAGCAGGAGCAGGCCAGCAACCCCUUCUACAUCAAGUCCUCCCCAUCCUCCCAGAAGGUUUACCAGGAGGCUCCAGGAGUGGACCACAUCCCCGUGGUGCAGAUUGACCUCAGCGUGCCUCUGAAAGUCCCCGGUCUGCCCAUGUCCGACCAGUACGUGAAGCUGGAGGAGGAGCGCCGGCAGAAGGACCGGGCGGACAAGAAGAAGAAGGAGAAGAAGAAGAGGAAGGAGAAGGGCGGCGGCCGGCGGGGCAAGCGGGACUCGGGCCCUGAGAGCGAGGAGGACAUCACGCCGGCGCACAUGGUGGACAUCGUCACGGAGGAGAUGCCAGAGAAUGCCUUGCCCAGUGAUGAUGACGACAAAGACCCCAAUGACCCCCACAAGGCCCUAGACAUCGACUUGGACAGUUUGGUGGCUGCUGCCCGGCGCAGACCACUGGCUGACAGCGAGAAGCUUCCAGUGCGGUCCCACCGAUCCUCUGAAGCCCUGAAGACCAUGGCGGAGGAGGUGGAUGUCGUCGCCCCGCAGGAGGCAAAGAAGAAGGGCGGCAAGGAGAAGAAGGAGAAGAAGAAGGACAAGGAGAAGGACCGCAAGAAGAGCAAAGAGGAGAAGAAGAAGAAGAAACACAAGCACGAUGAGGGAGAGGAAGAUCUGAUGGGGGGUCAGACGGAAGAACCUAUGGUCCAAUCGGAGACGACCAAUGAUGUGGUGGCUCCGCCCCCAACCACCACUGCUGAGGUUUCGGAUCUGGAUUUCUGGCUCUCAAACGCUCCAGUGCCCUCUAACUCUCAGGAAGUGGCCGUAACCGCGGUUACCGCACCGGCAGCAGCAGCAGCAGCAGCGGCGGCCGGCGUUCCCCCUGCGGCUUCUGGCUCGGCGCCAGACUCGGAGCCUGAUGAACCCAAAGACGCGGAGGUGGACGAGAGCAAGUCCUCCAAACACAAGAAGAAGAAGCAGAAAAAGGAGAAGGAGGAGAAGGAUAAGAAGAAGAAGAAGAAGCAUCACCACCACCGUCACCAUAGCGACGGGGCCGGGGAGGAGUCUGUGCAAAAUGGCACCGUGGAGGAGGAGGAGGAGCCUCUGCCGCCCAUGUCCAAUUACUGCCUGCUGGCCGAGAACUCCUACAUCAAGAUGGUGUGUGACAUCCAGGGCAACCUGCAGGACGGGAGUCAGGUGGUGGUGUCGCUCAUCUUCGAGAACAAGUGUGACAGCUUCCUCAAGGCGAUGGAGUUCAACGUGCUGGACUCUCUGAACUCCAGGCUGCAGCGGCCCGACGGAGCGGGCCCUCACGACGGCCUCACCGUGCCCUUCCAGCUGCCUCCCGGGGUGUCAAACGAGGCGCGCUUUGUGUUCACCGUUAAGAGCAUUGUGAUGCCUCAGAAACUGAAGGGAACCCUGACCUUUAUAGUCAAGAAUGAAGACUCCUCCACCCAUGAAAAACUGGACUUCAAACUGCACUUUACCUGCACUUCCUACCUGAUCACCACUCCGUGUUACAGUGAUGCGUUUGCAAAGUUGCUUGAGUCGGGAGACCUGAAGGCCAGCUCUGUCAAGCUGGAGGGAGUCGUCAUGCCCUUCCCGCACCUGCUGGCCCGCAUCUGCUUCCACCAUCACUUCUCUGUUGUGGAGAGGAUCGACUCCUGUGCCUCCAUGUACAGCCGCUCCAUCCAGGGUCACCACGUGUGUUUGCUGGUCAAAACUGCUGAUCAGACCGUGUCCAUCGACGCCAAGUGUGACGAGCCGUCGCUGCUGAGCAACGUGCUGGAUGAGAUAAAGCUGACGUUCUCUCAGUGCUGAUUGUGUCUGGAGGCUGCAGGGUGCAACCCACCCCCCACCACCAAAACGCCCCUGACUCACCACACACAUGUCUAAUAUCAGUCCCACCUCCCCCCUGGUCCCAACUGAAACACACUCGUAACGGGACGCUACACCCAGCUCUCCCUCCACCCUCUCGCCCUAUUUAUUAAUCGUCGUUAAGAUCUCCUCUCCUUUUUGGCCUAGCUGUCACUGUCCCCAUGGUCUCCAUUCACACUGUUCUACACUCUGAGCUCGUCCCUUCUCUAUCUGACUCCCCCGUUUUACUUUAUAGACUUGGCAUGGCAACUCGCUCACUCCUCUUGAGGAUUGAGCGUUUGCAGCUUUUCGAUUUUUUCGUUGUUGUUAUUGUUUCCACAACACCCACCUCAGUCCAGCCUGUGGCUCCUCAAUGAGCCCAGAGGUUUUGGAAGGUUUGUGGUCCUUCCCGUACCCCUGUCUGUUCUUAAUGCCCUUACUGUCUGCCAGCAUUACAGUCCGUUGCAGUCCUGUGUUUUGGCAACUUGACUUUUUUUGUUGUGGUUGCUGUUGAUGGCUGAAUUGCGUUUUUACUGUUUUGGAAUUGAUUUAUUUUCCUUCUUCCUUGUGUUGGUGAGUUAUUUUUUUGUUGGAAACCUCUCUUCGCCUUUCUCUUGCUCUGCCCACUGACUCCUUUUUGUGUGUGUAAGAAUGUGUGUGCGUGUGCACACUGCUGUAUGUAUGCAUGAAUGCGUCUGUUUCUACUAUCCUAGCCACCAUGUGACUGACUCCUCUGCAUACUGGUUCAAGCUGGAAAAUCAACCUUCUCCCCUCCUGACUUAUCAUUGACCCUUUUUUAGAGAAAUCCCGGAGAGGGCUGGUUGCCCUCUGAUAAAAAGUUCAGAGAUGGAACUAAAGUUUCGCAUUUGGCACAAAUUAAACUUGUUGAGGUGCCAUUUGCUCCAACAUUAUUGUAGGAUCACACUUUACGAGACCCGGUGCAGAUUCAGAGAAAGUAUCCUGUGUGGGAGUCUGGCGGUAAUUGUGGAGGAUGGGUAGGUCAGUGAUGGAGAGUGCACUCGACUGACUGACUUCUGUUCCCCAGGGCUCCUCCCUCCUCCCUUGUCUGUGCGUCGGUGCUUUCAGGUCGUACUGGUCUAAGCUGGGUUUUUUUUUUGCUAACAAAGUCGUAAUAAUUAUUCUUAAACUUUACAUUUCUCCCCCUGCGUUCCUGCGCCAUUCACAAAGAACAAGAGAGAAAAAAUGUAACGAUUCCCUUAAACACUAGUACUCAUGAGUAGGUGCACGAAAUAAGUGGUAUGGCUGUUGUUACAUUUCCCUCCCGCUCAUGUUUAUUGAGAGGCCAAUGACUGCUGAUUAAUGCAGUCCUUUUAAGUCGAUAAAGCUAUUGGAAAGAAGCUUUGCUUUUGUCUAAACUGGCUGUUGGAUAAUAAAGGCUGUUCACCUCGGUGUGAAACAGACGGGUGACCCGUUGUCGCCAGCUUGCUUCACCGGUUGGUCAAAGCUCUGCUCAUCAUACACAUUCAUCUCCUGUAGGAUAAUCAUUUCCGACUCUACAUUGUGGUUAUUCUUAUAAAUGUGGUCAGUCGUAGAUGAUUUCUUUCUCAAUCAGUAUUAGCUGAAAUGGCUUCAUUGGAAAGUAACUACUGUUGAAUAACAGAACGGAACGUGUUGCCUCAUGUUAUCUCGUCUGAAAACAUAAGCGCCUGUGCUACUUGCAUCACAACCGCUUCACGGUGUGCACAUACAGUGUUCCUUCUCUCGUUUGAAACAGCCUUGUUCCUUUUUUGUACAUUGACAUCCAACAGUGGACAGCAACGGGUACAUAAAAAAACAAAACUAUUUUAUGGCUUGCUCCAAGUUACUGUUUUUUUAUUUGUAACUCUUGUCACUGCCUGGCCCAGCAUGACUUGGAUUAGCAGUAGCACGAUCAAAAUGGACUCUGUAGCAUCUUCUUGUUUUAUAUAUAUCCAUGUACAUCCAUUUAUCAAGCCACACCCUUAGAUAAAUAUAAUAAUGACGAUGGUAUUGAUUUUCCCAGUCCAUGUCGGCCAUUCCAUCUGCUUUUUUUUUUUUGGUGCAGUAGUAGUUUGAAUACAGUUGAUAAGCGGUCAUUCAGAAAUGUCUGUAAAAAUAAAAGUAUAUAUAUAUAUAUUCCCUGUUCCUGAAAAUGCUUCGACUGAAAAUAAAACUUGAUUAACCCUGACCAUACAUUGUACUAAAAACAUUUAUUGUGCAUAUUGUUUUAUGAAAUGAUCUUGCAUGAUUAGGAAUGUAUACUUUCAUAUAAUUUCUUCCCAAACCAAAUACGUUAUCCAACAGACAAAAUUUACUUUUUCAUCUCUAUUGUUUAUUUGUUUCCCUUAUUUUUUUAUUUCAUUUUUACAAAGUUUACUUCACCAUUCUGCACUUUUGAUGGUAUUGUAUUCUUAGAUAUCAUGAGUUCAGGCAUUUAUCAAAUAUAGACAAGUCUUUGAAUGUUUUAAAUUAUUGAACAUCGGGACGAGGGAUGUCAUGACAGUUUUGAGUGUGGAUGAGGCUCGGACAGAGUUCAGAAUAGGUCACAUUACACACAGUGCUCUGAGAGGCAAGCAGUCCACUGUGUCUUAACUAUCAGUGGCGUUGUAGUGUUCUCUUUUUUUUUUUCUCAAGGUUUUGCUUGUGACAUUGAAUUGUACUCUUCUUUUUUGAGGGCUAUGGUGUUAUUCCUUCAUGCUCAGAUUAUCCAACUGUAAUAUGUAAUAUAACGUUUCAAAGGGGACUGAGGAAAAAACGUAAGUUGUUAAAUACAUUCCCUUUAAAAACUACCCGAUAUAUUGAAAAAACAAAAACAAAGCUGUAAGAAGCUGCUGUAGUCUUUUGUGUUACAGUGAAACAAUAAACUACCAUAUGAAUAAAACAUUGUAUUUGUCCAUUUUGUGUGGGGGUGGGAG